AUGAGCGGCCUUGCGCCUACGGUUCGGGGGAUUGUUGAGGCGGCCGCGUCUUCCUCCUCGUCUUCUUCCUCUCCCGCGUCCUCAUCCUCCUCCUCUUCCUCCCCUUCGCCCUCAUCCGACGCUACCACCUCCGCCUCGGGGUGGAUUCGCUCCCUCCGAUCUCACAAGAAGGUGGCGUUCGCCGAACUAGACGACGGUAGCGGCGGUACACUGCAAGCAGUGCUGAAGGGCCCAUCCCGCGCGCUGGCCGACGAGCUCACUCCUGGGACGGCCGUCCACCUAUCCGGCGCGCUCUCUCCAUCCAAAGGCGCCGGCCAGGCCGUCGAACUCCUUGUGGACGCGGGUACUGUCCUCGGUCCCGUGUCCGACGGCUACCCUAUCCAGAAGAAGGCGCUGCCCGCGUCGGUGCUGCGCGAAAACGCCCACCUCCGCUUCCGGACGGGUGCGAUGGGCGCGACGGUGCGGGUGCGCGACGCUCUCGCCCGCGACUGGCACGACUGGUUCGAGGCGCACGAGUUUGUGCAUGUCCACACGCCGAUCUUGACCGCCAACGACUGCGAAGGCGCCGGCGAGGUGUUCACUGUCGCGCAGAGCCUGCCCGGCGUGCAGAAGGAGCCGUUCUUCCCGCGCCCCGUCAACCUCACCGUCUCGGGACAGCUGCAUCUCGAGGCGCCGACGCACGCGCUCGGGCGCACGUACACGCUCUCGCCCGCGUUCCGCGCCGAGCCGAGCCAGACGUCGCGCCACCUCGCCGAGUUCUACAUGCUCGAAGCCGAGGUUGCGUUCGUCGACAAUCUCGACAGCCUGCUGGACAUUGCCGAGGCCAGCGUCCGGGAUACCGUCUCCACUCUGCUGCACUCUGAUUCUCGGCGGGCGCGCCGCGCGCGCGAAGAUAUCGGCCGUAUUGCCGCGAGCAAGGUCGCCGCCGAGGCGGAGGAGCGUGCCAGCGCCGGACUCCCCCCGCUCCCUCCUCCGUGCAAGGAGCCUACGCCGCUCGCACACCUCGAGGCGGCCACAACGCCCUUCAAGCGGAUGACAUACGCGGACGCAGUGGUGCUGCUCGAAACCGAGCACAAAGAGCGGCCGUUUGAGCGGGCGCCCGGAGAGGGGCUGGCGAGCGAGCACGAGCGCUGGCUCUGCGAGCACUUUGGCACGCCUGUUUUUGUGACCCACUACCCCGUUACCCAGAAACCGUUCUACAUGCUCCCCUCAGACGCUGAUGCGUCCACUCCCUCCUCGGCCGCCGCGGCCGGGGCCACUGUGGCCUGCUUCGAUCUCUUGUUCCCCGGGAUCGGCGAAAUGGCGGGCGGGAGCAUGCGCGAGCACCGUCUCGACGCCCUUCGCGACAGCCUCGCCCGCCAUGGCCUCCCCGAACAUGAGUACCAGUGGUACCUCGACCUCCGGCGGUUCGGAUCCGCACCGCAUGGCGGAUGGGGCAUGGGUUGGGAACGCUGGGUGUGUUGGGUCACAGGGCAGGCGAACGUGCGCGACGUUGUCGCAUUCCCGCGCUGGGCCGGCAGCUGCCGCUUCUAG